AUGGGCCUCUUUUCACGCUGGUUUAGCAAGUCUCAACCAGAGGACUACGAGCAGAUCCUAGCGUCGCUCGCAAAUGACAUUGCGAAGCGCCAGCAGCACCUCUCCGAGAUACGUUUGCGCGAACGCCGCUCGACUCUUGUCUUCUCGGUCUGGGCACUUGCGUUCUGGGGCCUCUGGGCGGGCCUGUGGUACGCAGACUACCUCCCGAAUGUUAGCACCAUGAUUCCAGGGGUGAGUGGUCACUCACGAGAGAGUGCAUGGGAGAAGACGGCGAAGAGCAUGCCGGUGUUUAUGGGGCCGAUCGUGAUUCUCUUCAUGCGGAGGAUUGUGCAGAUUUGGUAUACGAGGGCGGGUGAUGCGGAAGAGAAAGCCCUCAUCGCGCUGCGCAAGAAACAGCGCGAAAAGAUCGAAGAAGUAAAGAACAAGACCAACUACUACUCUACCCGCAACCUCAUCGAGCGGUACGACGAUGGCCCACGCCCUGUGACACCUGGGACGCCGCAGAGGCCGCAAAUACCACAGCAGCAGCAGCGACUGCCGCAGACCCCUGCGCGUCCUGCACAGCAGCUGAACCCGCAGACUCCUGCACCAGCACCAAUGUCGCCCAGUCUACAACAACAACUUUCGCCCUCGCCAUUGCGCCCGAUGCCGCCACCGCGCAAGCAGUGGUUCGACAAGCUCGCGGACGCGAUCCUCGGGGACGACGACGGGACCGGCGUCGGUGCUGCCGCGUCUCGCUACGCCCUCAUCUGCCAAAAGUGCUUCGCGCACAAUGGGCUUGUGAAGGAGAGCAUGUGGGAAGAUGCUCAGUACGUCUGCCCGAAGUGCGGUCACUUCAAUCCCUCCGCACGAGCAAUGCGCGAGGCGCGUAGCAAGUCCGGCUCGCCCGACUCCCGCCCGCCUACUGCCCCUCCCAACACCGUCACGCCCGCACGCCCACAGCAGCGAUACGGCCAGCCAAUAAUGCCCAUGCCCGCGGGCCCGAACGGCGCAGCGAGCUCGGGCGCGAACUUCGCCGGGAACGGCGCGGUGCGGCAGCGCCCGAGGGGGGACGACGCGGCGGUAGUGGACGAGGCGAGCGUGAGCAUGGAUGUGGAUUCAUAG